CAAGGCGCUGCGGCCCAGCACAGAGCGGCUCGGCCAAUUUGCUCAAACCUUGGCGCGUACCGUACGAUUCCCCUCACGUCAUCAUCUUCUUCAUUUUUUCCCAACUCCUUACAGUUUGAUUAUUACUUCAUCUAUUCUAGGGUUUCAUUGCAUCUCUGUUGAUGAAUUUUCCACCUCUCCAUUCUAUUCCAUUCCUUUUUGUGGUUCCUAUAUAGCUCGAUCCCUCAAUUCUUUCUGAGUUUUCGUUUCUGGAGAUGUCGAGGCCCCAAGUCACCAUCACUCUCGGCCGCUCUGGUCAGGUGGUGAAAAGAGGAGGUUCUUCUUCUUCAGACUUCGCACAAUCGAAUAUUGAUUCUGGACCUGAGCCAAGAAGAAAACGAUAUAUUGAGAGAUCAGCAGAUAAUGCAGAGGAUUUGUUUUCAUCCACAAAUAAGCGGCAACGUGGAGUCGGUCUUCAUUGGAGUUCAAGUGGCGAAAGAAAAAACGCCUACAGAGUUGGUCAAAAUGAUCUUCGCUUGAAACUUAUGCGCAAAAAUCAAUCUAAGAAAAUUGGUAUUGGGGAAGAACACUCCAGGAUGGACUUGCACAAUCAAUUAUCGAAAAAUUCUCUGCUCUCAACUAGUGGAGAUGUAAUACAUCGUAGGCAUGAAUUUAGAGGGAGCAAUCUUAUAAGGCAAACACAUUCCAGAGAAAGUGCUGAUGAUCUAUACCUAGAACAUUCACAGAGGAAAAGUACUGUUUCAUAUGUUGACAGGAUGAGAGUUAGAUCCCCAGAUGGGAUCAUGAAAAGCUCCAAGGGGCAUUCACCUCCUAAAUACGAUGAUGAGUUUAGGAGAACCUCAUUUAUGAGAGAAACAGAUCGUUCUAGAGAUGAAUGGUUUUCUAGGAACAGCAUUGUUGAUAGUUACAGGUCUGUAGACUCAGCACCUGUGAAAAUGAAAGGUGCCCUCCCUGUGUCUGGCAAGGCAGCUAAGGAUCUCGCAGCAAUAAGUGGCACCAUGCAGAGAAGUUCCCCAAUGGGAGAGGUUCCUCUUUCUGUUGCUGGCUUGUUGAAUUCGCUUGGUUUGGGGAAAUAUGCCAUUCACUUUCAGGCAGAAGAAAUUGAUAUGACAGCUUUGAGACAGAUGGGAGACAAGGAUCUUAAAGAGUUGGGGAUACCGAUGGGCCCAAGGAAAAAGAUUCUUCUCGCCUUGUUGCCCCGUUCUAAGCAGCCACUGCCAUCAUCACUCUCAAUGGCUCGAGCAUAGAGUUUUGCAGUUCUUAUGUCUAUCUUCCGAAAUGUGUAUGGAUGAAGCAGAACAGGUUAAGAAAACAAAUUAAACAAUCAGUAUGACUCUUUUGAUGCUACUCGUGCUACUAUAGCAUUGUGGAAGAAGGGAAGUGUGCCUGGCCUCACCAUCUGACUUGCAAGUCAAAAUGGUACUUCAUAUAGCUUUGCUUGUUUGCAUCAAUGGCUACUGCCCAUGCUUUAUUAACUUCUGAAUACGAGGAGAUCAAGAAGAUCAACCGGUUUUAGUGUACGCUUCUGGCGAUCUUUGGUGGCUGCUUCCACUCUCAUCUGAAGAAAACAGGGGAAUUUUCUAUAACAAAGCAACAUGGGUAGCUGGUGAAGGUUUCCUUCUCUCUCUCUUAAUGUGAACUUGAUUUGUAUUUAUUCUUUCAAAAUCUCCAAAAAAGUAAUGUUGGACCAUAAUGGAAUUAGAGAAUCAGAUUCCUCGACAUCAAUGAUAGAGACCUCUGAGAAAGUC